AUGAGUUUUCUGACAUCAUUGGGUCAGUAUGUGGCUGGGGUGGCGGACAGCGUGGCCGGGCUGGCGUUGUCGCCGCGCCGCGCGCCGCCCUCCCGCCACCGCUCUGCUGAGGAGUCGCAGGCUCACCCGCCACAACCAUCAACCGCGACUAUGAGAGGAUUUCCAAGAGUAGUGCCAACGGAAGGAGCAUCAGCGUUGAAUGCUCGUCGUCGUACUCUGGACUGCCUGGCUCCAGCUCCUCCGCCGCGGCGCGGGGGCUCGCUGCGAGUCCCUCGCAACCAGCCGCCCCCGGAGAGACCAACCAUGGCCUUCUGCAAACGGCGCCUCUCAUGGCCAGAGGUGGAUAACAACGUCAAUUCCGGGUUAAAUAACUAUGACAAGAUUCAAAUUAUCUUUGUGCUGUACUGUAUUGAGAACGCAGUGGGCGCUCCGGCCCCGGACGGUCAGUUCGCGGCGUAUAAGGAGGAGGUGGUUGAACAUGCACGCCGCGCGUUCCGCGUGUCACCUGAAAUGCACGCGCGUGCCAUGCGUGCCGCGGGCAGCGAGCGCCCGCCUACCGUCGUGCUCGGCUGCUCCGUUAUCGAAGCUGAUGGACUUGAGGCCAAAGAUGCUAAUGGAUUUAGUGAUCCCUACUGCAUGCUGGGAAUACAACCGGCGUCUUUGCCGGCUUCUCCUCGUGCUUCUGAGGAUGAAGGACGCAAGCAUGGAUUUAGGCUGAGCUUCAAACGCCGCGAUGGUCGCCAGCAGCGCGACAGUCUCGGCCGCUUGCCCGCUCGCUACAUACGAGCCACUAGCGUGCGGCCACAUACCUUGUCGCCUAAAUGGAACGAGACUUUCAAGUUUGACAUCGAUGACAUAUCGUCGGACGUGCUGCACCUGGACAUAUGGGACCACGACGACGAAAGCUCUGUCCUUGAUGCCGUGUCCCGGCUCAACGAGGUCCGCGGAGUUCGAGGCCUCGGUCGCUUCUUCAAACAAGUUUGUCAGAGCGCUCGUCAAGGCAGCCAGGACGACUUUCUGGCUAUACUGUAA